UCAUAACAACUCGUAAUGUUUAUAGUGUUUUGUUUUGUUUGUAAAAAUAAUUGACACAAAACUUAUUAUUAAUUAAAUAAACAAAUGAUUUCUUAUAUAAUUGAAGACACAAUUUGAUUGAAAUGAUGGCAACAAAUAUAGUGAUGAUUAAGGAUGUGUUGGACGAAUUGAAUGAAGAAAAUCAAAGACUUUUGCGUGAAUUAAGAUAUUGUCAGCAAUUGAGGGAAAUGUUUGAUAAAUACAGACAUUUAGUGAAUAGUUUGCAAACAAAUUGUGUUUGUAUUGAAAACAUUGGAUUAAAAACCAAAUUCAAUGAACUCGAAGACCAAUACAUGAAGACACUGAAGAGGCCGAUGAAACUAAAGACUAUGGCAUCCGAUUGUUUGGUUACGAAUAGUGAUGAAAAUAUAGUCUUUGAAGAAAGUGUUGAUAAUUUUAAUAACGAUUAUUUUAAUAAAACUGUGGACACAGUGGACGAUAGUUUGACAAAUAAAUCGAUUAAAAGAAGUAGAGGAAGACCGAAGAAAUUAGCGGAGAAAAUGGUUUAUAAAUGCCAUUACAUGGGUUGCGACAAACAGUUUGGUUACAAGAGUUUACUUCAGACACAUAUUAGGAUCAAACAUGUGAUGGAUGAACAACAACAACAACAACAAGACGAUGACGACAAUACAUGUUAUGAGGGUAACAGUGCUAAUGAUAGCGAUGGUACGGAAAUAAUAUCAGAGACCAACUGUAGUGAUAGUUGGAGUGAAUCAAAACAAAAGGCUAAGAAAAUACAACAGAAGACGACACCAAAAACUAAGCGCCGAAUUCGCCGAAAGAAGUGGUUAUGCGAUUGGGAUGGAUGUGAUCGACAAUUUCGUCAUCCGUGCGAACUCUUGACACACAAACGGAUCAGACAUACUGGCGAUCGGCCAUUCAAAUGCCCGAAAUGCCAGAAAUCAUUUCCAGUUAACUUUCAACUCAUAAAUCAUCAGAAACUUUAUCAUUCAAAUAGACUAUUUCAAUGUCGUUACGAUAACUGUGACAAAGUCUAUCGAUUUAGUCGAUCACUCGAUGACCACCACCGGCGUCACGAAGGCUUGUAUACGAAGACUUUUAAGUGUGAUGUUGGCGGCGACGACAACGACGGCGGUUGCGACAAAAGUUUUUAUAAUAAUUAUUUAUUAAAAGUACACAAACGUACGGCACAUUCGGACGACAGACCCUAUCGGUGCGAUUGGCCCGGUUGUGACCAACGGUUUAAGCGACAACAUUGUUUAUUUAUGCAUCGCAAGACUCAUACGAAUGUCCGAAACUAUAGGUGCGAUAUAGAGGGAUGCGAUAAAUUGUUUACAAGUAGUAGUCGUUUGAAUGGACACAAACAGUUUCACAUCCGACCGCACCAGUGUUCGUGGCCGGGAUGUGAGGCCAGGUUUGGCGAAAAAAUUAAACUCCAAUUCCAUUUGAACGGACAUCAGGGACUCAAACCAUAUAAAUGUCAUUUUCCCGAUUGCGAUGUCAGUUACAGUGGACGGACAUCACUGGAAAGUCAUUUGAAACAUAAACAUAAUUUUAUGAAAUCAUAUCAUAGAGACUACUAG